UGUAAGCUGCCCCUUUUCGUCUUGAUGUUGGUUUACUGGCACCGAGUCUGACGGUGAAUAAAAAGAGUAAACGAAAACAAAAACAAAUUCCAGCACGUCGCUACUUCGUGUGCAGUGACACGUCCUGUCCCAUCUACUGGCUCGGUCCGAAACGAUGACCCAGCCUCGGCCGGACGAGUUCAAGCCUCCUCCGGAGUGCCCGGUCUUCGAACCCAGCUGGGAAGAAUUUGGAGAUCCUUAUGCCUUCAUCAAUAAGAUCCGUCCUAUCGCUGAAAAAACUGGCAUUUGUAAAGUCCGACCGCCUCCGGGUUGGCAGCCACCAUUUGCAUGCGACGUUGACAAACUACACUUUGUUCCUCGUAUCCAGAGGCUCAAUGAACUGGAGGCGCAGACGAGAGUCAAGCUUAACUUCUUGGACCAGAUUGCCAAAUUUUGGGAUUUGCAGGGAUGUGCCCUGAAGAUUCCUCAUGUGGAGAGGAAAAUUUUGGAUUUAUAUAAACUAAACAAGCUGGUAACAGAUGAGGGUGGAUUUGAUACCGUGUGUCGGGACAGGCGAUGGACCAAGAUUGCACUACAAAUGGGGUUCGCCCCUGGUAAAGCUAUUGGCUCACACCUACGAGCACAUUACGAGAAAAUCCUCUAUCCCUACUCUCUGUUCCAGUGUGGAGCAAAUCUGCUGGCACCAGAUCCAGCUUCUAAACUGAUGCAUUUGGAGGCUGAUCUUGAACUUGAAAAGUGUGUUCAGAAACCAGUCCAGCAAGUGAGCAGCACAAAAAUCACAGAGAGCCUGAAAUCCACAAAUGUCAAACCACAAGAUCAGACUGAGAUGUGUCCUCCUCAGUCACACGAGCCAUGCCCCAGCUCUCGCAGAACAAAGCGUAUGAAGACUGAGCCUGUCUGUGUGAAGAUGGAACCAGGAGAGCCAUGUGAAAACAGACCAAACCUAAGGAGGAGGAUGGGUUCAUAUGUUGCCAAGCCAGAACCAGUGGAAAAGGAGAUCUCCAUUCCAGUGAAAAAGGAACCAGUCGAGAGUAAGGAGCCAAUAAUUGACGCUGACAAGUACAAAUCCCGAAACAGGAAAAUUGUCCUUCCUAUUUUUCCAAGUCCAAUGGAUCUGGUUGUGUGUCUGGUCUGUAGCAGUGGUGGAGAUGAAGACCGUCUGUUAUUGUGUGAUGGCUGUGAUGACAGCUACCACACCUUCUGUCUGAUCCCUCCUCUGCAGGACGUCCCAAAGGGAGACUGGAGGUGCCCAAAGUGUCUGGCUCAGGAAUGCAACAAGCCACACGAGGCUUUUGGCUUUGAACAGGCAUACAGAGACUAUUCCUUACGUGCUUUUGGACAAAUGGCUGACGCAUUCAAAUCUGAUUACUUCAACAUGCCAGUUCAUAUGGUACCCACAGAGCUGGUGGAGAAAGAGUUCUGGCGUUUGGUGGGAGCCAUCGAAGAAGAUGUUACAGUGGAAUAUGGAGCAGAUAUAGCCUCAAAGGAGUUUGGGAGUGGGUUUCCUGUUCCAAAUGGAAAAGUUAAGGUUUCUCCAGCUGAUGAGAAAUAUCUCAAAUGUGGCUGGAACCUCAACAACCUAGCGAUGAUGAACUCCUCUGUACUGACACAUGUGACAGCUGACAUCUGUGGAAUGACAUUGCCAUGGCUUUAUAUUGGAAUGUGUUUCUCCUCCUUCUGCUGGCAUAUUGAGGAUCAUUGGAGCUACUCCAUCAACUACCUGCACUGGGGGGAACCCAAAACAUGGUAUGGAGCUCCUGGUUCUGCUGCAGAACAGCUGGAGGAAGUGAUGAAGAAACUUGCCCCAGAGCUAUUCGAGUCUCAGCCUGAUCUCCUCCACCAGCUGGUCACCAUCAUGAACCCCAAUACACUGAUGUCCUAUGGAGUCCCAAUCUACAGAACAAACCAGUGUGCUGGUGAGUUUGUCAUCACCUUUCCCAGAUCCUACCACAGUGGCUUCAAUCAAGGCUUCAACUUUGCUGAAGCAGUCAAUUUCUGCACCGUGGACUGGCUUGGAAACGGUAAUGAAACAGGAGCUUUCAGUCAGUUGGUCUCUGAUAUUCAUAUUCAAUGGUGUCAUUGUAGCUUCAAAUCAAUAAAUAUACCUCUUGGCAGGCAGUGUGUUGACCACUAUCGUAUGCUCCACCGGUACAAUGUGUUCUCCCACGAUGAGAUGGUGUGCAACAUGGCAUCGAAAGCAGACAUGCUCGAUGUGGUCCUAGCAUCAGCUAUCCACAAGGACUUGGUCAUCAUGAUCCAAGAAGAGCAGGAACUGAGGGAAAAAGUCCAGAAAAUGGGGGUGCUACAUUGCAAAGAGGCAAAAUAUGAUCAUCUCCAGGAUGAUGAGCGACAGUGUGCCAAGUGCAGGACUACUUGCUACUUGUCUGCUAUCACCUGUCCCUGUAGCCCAGGAGUCCUUGUCUGUCUGCACCACAUCAGCAAUCUCUGUUCCUGUCCUGUCUCCAGCUAUACACUGAACUACAGAUACACACUGGACAACCUGUUCCCCAUGAUGAAUGCUGUAAAGCAGCGAGCUGAACUGUACGAUAAAUGGGCCUCUCGUGUGACAGAGACUCUUGAGGCCAAACUGGAAAAGAAAAAAGGCCUGCCCGUCUUUCGCAGUCUUCUUGCCGAAUCAGAGGAUAAGAGGUUCCCUGAAAAUGACCUGCUGCGUCGGCUCCGUCUGGUCACACAGGAUGCAGAAAAGUGCUGCUCUGUGGCCCAGCAGCUAUUGAAUGGAAAGCGGAAGACCAGAUAUCGUUGUGGUAGUGGGAAAUCUCGGAGCCAAUUGACUGUUGACGAGCUACGAUCAUUUGUGAGGCAACUAUAUAACCUUUCCUGCAGCCUGCCUCAAGCCCCCUUGUUGAAGGAACUGCUGAAUCGAAUUGAUGACUUCCAGCAGCACAGUGAGAAGGUCCUAGCAGACGACCUUCCCAGUGUCGCUGAGAUACAAAGUCUGUUAGAUGUGAGUUUUGACUUUGACGUGGAGCUCCCUGAGUUGUCUCUUCUGAGAAUGAGGUUAGAACAGGCACGCUGGCUGGAGGGAGUGCAGCACGCCAGUGCCCAGCCUGCCACGCUCACUCUAGAGACCAUGAGGAGGCUGAUUGACCAAGGGGUCGGCUUGGCCCCUCAUGCAUCUGUGGAGAAAGCCAUGGCGCGACUUCAGGAACUGCUCACCGUGUCUGAGCACUGGGAGGACAAGGCCAGCAGUCUCCUUAAAGCCAGACCACCACACUCCAUAGAGACUCUUACUGCUGCUGCUGAGAAAGCCUCAGUCAUUCCUGCUCACCUCCCAACCUGUGUCCUCUUGAAAGACAGCAUCAGAAAAGCCAGAGAGUGGCUUCAGGAAGUUGAGGAGCUUCAGGCUGGUUGUCAUGUACCAGUGGUAGACAGUCUGUCUGACAUGGUGCUACGAGGACAAGCCAUACAAGUACAUCUAGAGCCUUUAGACAAGCUUGAGUCUUCAGUGGUUGAAGUUCAAGAGUGGAAGGAGUCUGCAACUUUGUUGUUUCUUGAUAAAGACUCACCCUUUUCUUUACUAGAGGUUCUUUGUCCAAGGUAUGAGGUUGGAAAUGUAGGUUCCCCAAAGAGGAAGGCCAAGAGAGUGAAAGAAUCACCUAAAAAUAAAAAGAAAACUCAGAGGAUCAACACUCUUAGUGAUGUGGAAAAAGCACUUUCAGAGACCAAGGAUUCUACCUCUGCAAUGUCAGUUCUGGAAGAGCUGCGGGUAAGGGAGAUGGAGGCUUUCUCUAAUCUCAGGGCAGCAAAUGAGUCUAAGCUCCUUCCCACAGCAGACUGCAUGGAUCUGAAGGUGUGCGCCUGCCAGAAGGCCCCCAUGGGAGCAAUGCUUCAGUGUGAACUCUGCAGGGAUGCGUUCCACAGUGUGUGUGUCAAGGACCCAUCAGAUCCCUGUGCAACACAACCCUGGCUCUGUCCACAGUGCCAACGAUCAGAAAAACCUCCCUUGAGCAAAGCACUCUCUCUAUUAGCAUCCUUGCGACUCAUAGGUGUGCGGCUGCCAGAAGGUGAUAUGCUGCACUACAUGGUUGAGAGGACAGUUAACUGGCAGCACAGGGCACAGCAAAUUUUAUACUCUUGUAGCCUGUCAGAGGUGGAAGACAGUCUGCAAACUCCCCCAACGCUGACCCGCUGGGCGCCAGGCAGUCACAACACUCACAGCGACGCCAAGGCUCCUUAUUUGACUCCAGAGUGGAAUAGGACGACCCACACGCAGACGGUCUUUUACACUGAGCAGAGAUGCAUACCUCUGCAGGAACUGAGUAAGGAUUUGGAGGAGCUGAUGGUUGAAGGGCUCCUGCUGCAGGUGUCACUUCCUGAAGUUCAGAAUCUCUACCAUGUCUUAAUGGACAGAGCCACAAUCCAGCACAAGAGCAGAUGUAUGUCACCACCACAAGACCAGUCCAUCAAUCUUAACAAAAGCAUGAAAUUCAACUCUCAGGGAAACAAUCUGGUGCUGACCCAGGAUUCUGGUAAUGAUAUUACGAAUGGCUCUGAAAAGAAAGUCAAGCGGAGUCUGGAGAGGGAAACUCUUGAGCCUGAUCGCAAAGGAAAGGAUAAAAAGAACUCUCACAAAAGACGGAAGAUGAAUAAAAAGAACCUUCAGCACAGGACAACCUUGACAUCGUCUCCUCGCUCUGAUUUCUCUCAGUCUGAUGACUCCGAUGAGGAGAUGGCUGUAUGUCCAGCACAGAGGUGUCUUCUACCAGAGGGAGAUGAGGUGGACUGGGUCCAGUGCGAUGGCAGCUGCAAUCAGUGGUUUCACCAAGUCUGUGUUGGUGUUACAGCUGAGAUGGCUGAGAAGGAAGACUACAUUUGUGUCAGGUGUACAGUAAAUGAUGGACACGUGAGAAAGUAGAGAUUUUCCUUUGAAGGAUGUGAAGAGAUCUAAUUAGUCCGUUGCAACCCACCAGUCUGGGCGUGUCACUGAUCCUGUAUGUCCCUCACUCCUGUCCAACUCUUUUGUAACAAUGGUGCUAUCUCUUCUUUAAAUUGUUGUCCAAAACUAUAAUGUUUAGUUAUUUUUUUGUAUUUUUACAUAUAUAUAUUAUAUAUAUUUCUCUCUUCUUAUGAAAUGUUUGUGGUUAUCUAAAUGAGAGACGGAGAGAGGAAAAAAACAGGAUGUAGUGUGGUGUGUGCUGCAUGGGAUUCCAUUACAGUGGUACAAAGGAGUCUUACGAUAUGAUGCACCCAGCAAAGAGCGUCAAUAAAGGCUUAAUAUUAUCUUUUUUUGCAACCUCCUUGCAUGUAAAACCAGAACUACAGGGACACAAAUCAUGUUUUAUAUCCCUUUCCCUUCUCCCAAAAUAAAAAGACAGCCUUUAAUUUUCCUUCCAUUUGGAAUCCAGUGUUUAGUAAUGCAUAUUAAUAUUAUUAUUGUUAUUCCCGUUUUGUAGAAUAGUUUUAUUUAUCUGAGCAAUAAUUCUCGUCUGGAUUGAUUUAAAUGGUUUGAUCUCCGCUGAGUUGUUUGUGUGAUGUGCACAAAGCUACAUUGAUGGGCAGUUUACAACUGUAGAGUAGGAACGUAGCACGCUGCAGAAAAGGCACUGCUGACGUAAAACCAAGGCAGCAUGUAAGUUGACACUCAUGAAUUCUAAAGAAGGUAGCUGAAAAUGUUACAAGUUUCUAUUGUGGAAUAAAUCCCUUUUGUUCUAUGGAGAAGUGUUAUCUUUUCACUUGAACAUGGUCAAAAGAAACUACUAGGUGUCCUCAUAAGUGAUUACAUCAUGGUUAACCAAUGUAUAUGUUGUGCUGUACAUUUGUAUCCCUCACUGACAUACCUUACAGCAUGUACACUUAACCAUUAGUAUGACUUUGCAUCAUUUUACAUAUAGUCAGGUUUAUGUAUUUUUGGACAGUGAUAUAUAUUUUUUCUUCUGUACAAUAUCACAGUGAGUUGAAAUGAUCCAGAUGUGUUUGUAAUGUGGACUUGCAGCUUUUAUUCAAUGGGUUUAACAACAAUGUCACACUGACUACUUAGGAAUUACAGCCAUUUUUAUAUCUUAAAAACAACCCC